ACUGAAGCUGCUUCGUACGUGACUUCUCCCUUACUAGACAUCUGUAGAUGGUGGCUAUGGCUCCCCCACGUGUGUCAGCAUUCGCUGUAUUUCAGCAGGUAAAGCAGGAGCCGAAGCCGCAGUUGGGUUUGGAGAAGAACAACCAGGGCGGAAUCUCAAAGUCUUCACAAAAGGUGUUGAAAAAGAAAAAGAAGCCAAGGAGUAAGGCAUUAUUAAGAAAAUCUGAAGCUCAAGAAGGAGAUGGCUCCUGCACAUUACAACCACUUAUUUCCUCAAACAAGAAAAAGAGCUCAACUAAAGGGGGCAAAGCAGCAAGCAAGAUCACCAACGGGAAAGAAGUGCCACCUCAGCGACUCAAGGGCACAGAGGGCAGCAGCAGGCGGCAUGUGGGACCUCCGCUAAACUCUGUGCUGCAGGACUUAGGAAAAAUCCAGAACAGUAAGGCGAGAGCUAAAGCCAUGUUUGAAUGGCUUAUUUCUCCUGUGAAACCAGAUGACUUCUUCCGAUGUAUUUGGGAGAAUAAGCCUGCUUUGAUUAAGCGUCACAACAGCAAAUACUACGAUGGAUUCUUUUCCACUUCAGAGUUUGACCGGAUUCUCCGAGAAGAUAAUGUGCAAUUUGGGGUUAACUUGGAUGUUACCAGUUACACUGAAGGGGUGCGAGAGACGCACAAUCCUCCUGGCAGAGCGUUACCCUUGGUCGUAUGGGACUACUACACGAAUGGAUGUUCGCUGAGGUUACUGAAUCCACAAAGCUUCUGCUCCACCGUGUGGAAUGUCUUGUCUAUGCUACAGGAACUUUUUGGUAGCAUGGUUGGGGCAAACACAUACCUCACCCCUCCUGGUACUCAGGGGUUUGCACCACAUUAUGAUGACAUUGAGGCCUUUGUGGUUCAGUUGGAAGGCAAGAAACAUUGGAGGGUCUACAAUCCAAGGAACUCAUCUGAAAUGCUUCCUCAGUUCUCAAGUGUGAAUUUCACCGAUGGUGACCUUGGGGAGCCCAUUCUAGAAACCAUUUUGGAAGCUGGAGACCUUUUGUACUUUCCUAGAGGUUUUAUUCACCAAGGUGACUGCCUUCCUGAUGCUCACUCCUUGCACAUAACUGUCUCUUCAUUUCAGAGGAACAGUUGGCUGGACCUGCUGGACAAGCUCCUUCCAGCUGCCCUCCAGAUUGCUGCUGAAGAGGAUGUUGAGUUUCGGAAAGGACUUCCUCUAGAUUACCUUGAUUAUAUGGGAGUCCAAAAUGUGGAGUCAUCGGACCCGCGGAGAAAGAAUUUCAUAGAAAAAACUCAGGUGCUGAUGAGGAAGUUGGCAGCAUAUGCGCCGGUCGAUGCUGCGGUGGAUCAGAAGGCGAAGGCAUUCCUGCAUGAUUGCUUACCUCCUGUACUGACACCUGCUGAGAGAGACCAAAGUGUACAUGGAGCUCCAGUCAGAUGGGAAAAUGGAGAAGUGAAAGACGGCAUCAUACAACUUGAGAAGGACACACCAGUACGAUUUCUGAGAGGUGGGAUAGCAAGGUUGUGUAGUGAGGGAGAAGCCUGUGUAUUGUACUACUCGACAGAUAAUUCCAGAGUGUACCACCAGGAGGCGCCAAAGUCUAUUGAAGUGAAUGCUGAGCAUGUGGAAGUAAUAGAAUAUCUUCUCCACUGUUAUCCUCAUUAUGUGACUGUAGAAGGCAUUCCCUGUGGAGACCUGGAUGACAAGCUUGCCGUAGCCAGUAUGCUAUUUGAGAAGGGUCUGCUGAUCACCAAAGAGCAACUGACUCCAUUAACAAGUUCUGAGGAAAAUGAGUGAUUUUGUAUUUUGGAGCUAAUGGAGACUGUGAAGAGAAUGUCCUGCCUUCUUUGAGGUUCUGUGCAUUGGACACUCUUAAUCUCAGGAAUGUAUGAGGAGGAUCACUUUUGAACUAGUAAAUCAUCUUGGCCCACCUGAUUUCCUAGUUUUCUCUGCUGUUCUUACAGGCCUAAGGAGUAAUAAUAAUAAAUGUUUUCUGACAUCUUAGUCUGAUUUAGGAUACUCACCUCUGCCUUAAUUUAAUAUGUCUUUGAAAUGUAAAUGAAAGGACUGUAUGAUACUCAAAUUUUAUAUAGACUUAAAAAUGGUUCAGAAAUACCGUAAAUGAUUUUUAAGGUCUAUAGCAUUUUAUCUUUGGUGUUAAAUGUCAUAGGAGAUAAUGAAGACCAAGUUCAUCUAUUUAUGUGCUAUCUGUAAAGAAUAAAUCAAGGCAACUGGACUUACUGUAGAUUUCUUGAAAAC